CCGGACUCGCCACCGCGUAGAUUGUACUGGCUUGUUAUGGAAGUCUCUGGAAGUUUCCAUACGGUUUAUAUUGACUCUGUGUCGGGCGUGUCGCAGAUUUGAAACGGGGCAUAGAACGAGGACUCAAGACUUUUCAAACAGUUUUGCAUUUAAAACGACUAACUGUCUGACUGCCGGCCGGCCGGGUGGGCGGGCAGGAUGGGGAAAGACUACUACGACAUUUUGGGAAUUAAGAAAGACUCCUCUGAGGACGACAUAAAGAAAGCUUAUCGUAAGCAAGCGCUGCGCUACCACCCGGACAAGAACAAGUCGCCGGGAGCUGAGGAGAAAUUUAAGGAAAUCGCGGAAGCUUACGAUGUCCUGAGCGACCCGAAGAAAAAGGACAUUUACGACCGCUUUGGAGAAGAAGGUCUGAAAGGAGGCGGUCCCUCGGGUGGUGGCGGUGGUCCAGGCAACUUCAGCUACACCUUCCAAGGUGACCCACAUGUCAUCUUUUCAGAGUUUUUCGGUGGACGAAAUCCUUUUGAGCAAUUCUUUGGUGGGCGCAAUGGCGGCAUGGAUGAGGAUAUGGACACUGACGAUGGUUUUGCCCGCUUUGGAAUGGGAGGUGGCGGCUUUCCCCGCUCCUUCAGCUCUGGUAUGGGAGGGUUUGGCGGUCACAGUAGUGUUGUGAAGAAACAACAAGACCCCCCUGUGAUCCAUGAGCUGAGGGUGACCUUAGAAGAAGUGCUGUCUGGUUGCACAAAGAAAAUGAAGAUUUCUCGCAAAAGGGUGAAUCCUGACGGCCGAACGCUGAGAAGAGAGGAUAAAAUCCUGGAGGUGCAGAUAAAGAAGGGAUGGAAGGAAGGCACGAAAAUCACAUUUCCCAAAGAGGGGGAUGAAACCCCGACCAACAUUCCAGCUGAUGUGGUCUUCGUGUUAAAGGACAAACCACACGCUGUGUUCAAGCGUGACAACUCUGACAUCAUUUACAUAGCCAGGAUCUCACUCAGAGAUGCCUUAUGUGGCUGCACAAUCAACGCACCUACAUUGGAAGGACGAGUCGUCACGGUGACAGCAACAGAUGUGGUGCAGCCUGGGAUGAAGAGGCGCAUCAGUGGCGAGGGGCUGCCUUAUCCCAAGCGCCCCGAUCGUCGCGGUGACCUCAUUGUGGAAUAUGAGGUCAAGUUCCCUGAGCGGCUCAGUCAAAGCGCUCGGGACACCAUCGCCCAGGUUCUGCCUCGAUCGUGAACAAGCUGAACUGGACUUAAGCGCCCCCUCCCCCUCCCCCAAUAGUUCCUUAAGCUGCCAAUUGUAUUUAAUUUUUUGUAUUUCACCACGUGGGAGACAAUGUUGUGUACUGUUGUCACACCAUACAUAUGGGACGUAAUUCCCAGUCACCCAUAUUGUAAAUGCCACAUUUGAAACUGUAAGCUAUUACAGGCUACAUUGUAAAUACAGUAUAGCCAAUAUUGUUUGGUGUUAAAUGUAAUGAGUAAGAUUAUAUUUUUCUGAAAUAUUUGUUUAUAAGGGGACUGGAGCUAAAGCACUGUGUUAACAGCAAUAAAAAUUGAGAGGAUUUGAUUGUU